UCUCUCUGGCUCCGGGACUCGCUCAGUCUGACCACUGUUGCAACAUUUCGGUAAGUUUAAUAUUACUUGAUUAUGAUACCUGCUGUGUUAGUUAGCUAAUGUUUGCCCAAGUGUGCAGGGCUCGGUAAUCCCAGUAAGCUAGUGUUAGCUCUGGUCCAAGGUAGCAAGGUGUGUUUCCAGAACAUAUGAGCCAACACCCCGCACUCUUUAUUUGGAAGGUCCUGGCUCCAAAAGGUGAAGAUGGCGCCGACUGUAAGCAGCAACUCUGGGCUUCAAACCGGCUCCAAUGCAAAUCAGUAUCAUUGGUGACACCCGGGACAUUGUAAAAGUGAAAUUAGAGAUGGAACCAGAAGCCGAAGAAAACAAUGAUAACUUGGUCCCUUGGUCAGGUUCAGAGGGUUCCCAAGAACUUUGCGUCUCUGAGUCCUUGGCAGAGUCCUACAAUGAAGAAGAUGUCAGUGACGCAGAGUACCCCUUUGACCCACAGCCUGCCCAAGUCCCAAAGUCUGACCCAGAGUCCCCAGAGCGCCUUCAAUCACAAGACUGGGAGCCUGCAUAUGAGCAACAGUCCCUGCCUGAACUUAGUGGAAGCGAAGAGGAGGUUUCAUACCAAGAAGAGGAUAACAUCUACCUUAGUGAAUCAAGAGAGUCAAUUACAGAGUCUCCUCACAUCCAAACUUCACCAACAUCACUCUCCUCACAACCAGAGCACCCUGACCUUGAUCCUGAACCUCACACUGGCCAGAUAUCACGACUGCACUCUCAGUCAUCUUCCUCCUCUCUCGGCUGUGCUGCUGAUAUGACCCUGGCCUUGACCCUGACCACAGAGCAGCCACUGGGAGCCAGUAAUAGGCAGGGCCCAGAGUCUGGGAACAGGAGGGUUGAAUCUUCAGAGGAAGGAGGGAGUAGUGAAGCACCUCCUGCUUCUGUCUUCUUUGGAAUUUCAGACGAGGGUGCUGAGCAGGCAGAGAGGUGGAACUCAGAGUCUGACACAGAUCUGUGCAGACGGGACAGGCACUGGGCAAGGUACACACGGCUCGGUCACAACGAGAGCCAAUCAGAAAGACACAUCAAGGAGACAAAGUCUAAAUGUAAGCGAAUUGCACGGCUUCUAACUGAUGCACCCAACCCUCAAAAUAAGGGAGCCUUGCUGUUUAAAAAACGUCGCCAAAGGGUCAAGAAGUACACACUUGUGAGUUACGGGACUGGUGAUAACAAGCUUGACAGUGAAGACCAAAUUGAAGAAGAAGCUGAAGAAGUCAGAGCAGCUGAGUAUAACUUUGUGGCGAAAAGUGACUCUGAGUUAGAGGAGGAGUACGCUGUUUAUCACCAGCAGCAUAAUUUAAGUCUGAAUUGGGGAAGUGUUCGAGAAAUGGAAGCCCUACCAGAGACACAAGGGAAGGGAGUUUUGAUGUUUGCCCAGCGCCGCAAACGGAUGGAUGACAUUGUGUCAGAGCAAGAAGAACUCAGGAGUAAAGGAUUACCUGUGGAGGCAUUAACAGAGCCUGAGCACACAGAAGUACGGAAUAUUUACGACAAUAGGGAAAUGUAUGUGCAUACUGAUCAAGGCACCUACAUGGAUGCAAAUGUCAAGCAGCAAGUAGAAUACCAAGAAAAUAUUCAACAGACAAACCACCUAUCCAAUGUGCCAAGACCGUUGGUGCCAAACAGAACUGCAAGGCCCUUCCUAGGAUUUCAAGACAGGACAACUGCUGCUGCCAUGCCUGGUGCCGUUACUCCAGUGCAAAGGAAGCAAGAACCAAGAUUCAAAGUACCUGUGCCUGUUAACACUAGUCCGCAAGUGUGGUCCCCAACUGGAGACAUCAUAGCCUCAAGAGAUGAGCGAAUAUCUGUGCCAGCAAUUAAGACCGGCAUCCUUCCAGAGUCAAAACGGAAAGGCAUUAAUAAACAACAAGCAUCAGAUCACCUUCAAAACAAAGGGGAAAGGAGAUCUUAUAUUGAGGCAGAGGAAGACUGUUUUAGUCUAGGUGCUGAAGCUUGUAACUUCAUGCAACCCAGAACAAUAAAACUCAAGAAUCCCCCUCCAGUAGCCCCAAAACCUAUCAUCAACCCAAAAUGCCCACCUUGGAUGAGAGGUCCUUCUGGUGAGCCUUAUAUCCCACCAAGAAGUCCGAUUUCACAACCCUCUCGCAGUCCUGUGGGGCCUCAUAAUCAGCAUUACUUACAACAGCAAGAUUGGGCUCAGCCUCAAGAGAUGGCCAGCCGAUGGGCAUCAGAUCAAGCUCAGGCAACACUUCAAACACCUGCCAGUUCUUGGGCACCAGUCAACUCCUCUUCUCAGCCUCAUCUUCAGCCAACCACAAAUAGCUGGAGUCAACAGCCGUCACGAUCCCCUGUGAGUAUGCAGGCCCGCAGUCCUACUUACAGCCCACAUCACCCACCGUCACCCACAAGGAGUAAAUCAGACAGCAUUCUAAACUCAGUCGCCUCUUGUCCACCACAAGUAGGGAAGUCUUAUGUCCACCCAUCAAAAACAUCACAGGAUUCUCCAAAGGGUCAAUACUCAGACAGAGGUAUUAGUCGGGCUGGUGAUGGGCCAACCAUGGCGGGAAAAGGUGCAGAAUUGUUUGCCAAAAGACAGUCCCGUAUGGAGAAGUUUGUUGUUGAUGCUGAAACAGUGCAAGCUAACAAAACAAGAUCCCAUUCUCCCACGCCGUCCCUACCUAACUCCUGGAGGUAUUCUUCCAAUGUUCGUGCUCCACCCCCUUUAUCAUACAAUCCCAUUCUUGCCCCUUUCUACCCUCCAUCAGCAGUAAAACAAGCCCCUUCCACAAGCCCCAAAAUUAAGCCUAAGACCAAAGCGAAACCUAAAGCAGCCCCAAAGCACCUCAAUGCCUUAGAUAUUAUGAAACAUCAGCCUUAUCAGUUGGACUCAUCACUGUUCACGUACGAUAAAAGCCCCAGCCCUAAACCAACUCCAGCAUCAAAGUUUGAGGUCAUCAAAAACCUUAAAUAUAGAUCUGCCCCCUCUCAUUCUUCCUAUACUGCCUCUGAGCUUGAUGUUGAAAGCAAGUCAGAAGCCUCUGCUAAGCCCUCUGGAUCGGGACUUGGCAGAAGCCGCUCCCUGAGCCUGCCCAGGCAACUGAGUUCUGUGUCUUUUCCUGGACAUAUGUCACCUUUGAGCACACCUGGAGGCCAACCAUCUUAUUUACCUCCACAACGGCAAACAUCCUUUCAAGAAAGAGCCUACAAGUCGCUGACACCCUGGGAGGCAGCAACCAGAAGCCCCAUUGGUUCAGUGGACGAGGCCUUUUUCUUCCAGAGCCUCCCGUCAUCGGUUGCCUCUAAUGUCAAAUCCGCAGGGCACCGCAGGUCUCUGCCAGAGCCUCCGGAUGAAUGGAAGCGCAGGGUGUCUCUUGAUCCUGCACCUGUCAGUAAGGGUUAUUAUCAUGCGGCCCCAGCUUUCCAGGCACCGUCCAUGAGCAGGACAUUUUCACCUGAGACACCAGCCUUCUAUGGGCCUCCCUUCAAACCUGCCCAGCCUUUAGGGCCUGCCCGUAGGGCCAGUAUUGGAUACAUGAGACAAGGCCCCAGUCCUACACAGUACUCUCCCAUGUAUAGUGCAGUCCAGAGAAGUUAAUACCACUGAUUAAGUCAGAAAUACAUCAGUUAAAGAGAAAUAUACAUCCAUGUAGACAUAAAUGGUAUAUGAUGGUAAUGUAAAUUAUAGUGAACUUGGGGAACACAAAAUUAACCUUGUGUUCAAGUCACAGCAAUGAAAAAGAAGGUUGUUGACAUGUGUUGGUUCAAACUUAUCCAAUAGGUCAGAGAUUUAUUUUAGACAAUACAUUAUUUGUGUUCAACUUUUAAUUGGAGUGAUGGGUCUCACACAAAAAAAACAUUGCUAUCUUCAUGUUAUGUGUGGUCACUUGGUUUGAAAAGCACAACAACCUACUAUAGCUAUUGUGCUGUGUUGCUGAUGAGAUAUAACCCUGCUAAGUAUUAAUGGAUGAUUUUGCUAUUGUGUCCAGUGAUGAUUUCAGAAUAAUUAUGUUUUUGUAGGUUAUACAGACUUAUUUAGGACAGAAGGUGACUGCUACAUAAGUGAUUUAAGUCAAAUUGUAGUGAUGAGAUUUAGAAGUUAAACUGAACGUGUAAUAGAUCUAAGAGGUAUAUGGAUGAAACACUGAUUUGGUAUAAGUUUGAUAGGUUGAUUUUUCAAAAUGCAGUUGGGUGUUGCUCACUGAAAAUCCUUGUAAUUUUGACAAUGUUGGUUAGGGAAAGUUGGUGAGAAAUGAGGCACGUGUGGCAUGUGAGGCUUUUCACUCAUGUAUAUUUAGCUAUAAAACUGACUUUGUGUUCACUUUUUUUAAGUUGACAUUAUGCUAAUUCAUUGAUAUCUCAAUAUUUCAUACAGAGAUAACCAUUACGGAUGUUACUCGCCCUGUAUAAAGCUGUCUUUUCUCUCUCUUGUUGCUGUGGUGAUAGCAGGUAUAUUGAAAGUGGGAACAUUUUAAUGAACUUCUAGCAGUUUCUAGUGCCUGCAGGUUACACAUAUUUUACGUAUCUCUAUCUUUCUGUAUAACAGCACUGACUGCCAGUGUUGGGAUAUGAUAGUUCAAUUUUAACAAUGCAAUAUUUCAAAAAUAGAUACAAGCAUCUUUAGCUAUUAAUGUAAUGUAUAUAUUCAAGUUAAGACUAAAAAAUGUUGUAUGCAUGUGUACAUUAAUUAUCUUUCCUAUUGCACUGAGUGGUGAUCACAGAUUUUAGUGUCAGUGUUUUAAUAUGACUGAUGUAUGUUUUUAGCCUUCAAGGCUUUUUUAUGGGCUGUUACCCUGUUCGACAGUUUUCUUAAGUAAAAUUUUAAAUUUUUGCACUUUUAAAACACAAAC